AAACAGAAGCCACAGCUCCUCCUGCCGUAUUUCUUUCCUGACUUGUGAAUCUCACACUAAACAAGAUGUGCAAAGGUCUUGCAGGUCUGCCGGCUUCUUGCUUGAAGAGUGCAAAAGAUAUGAAACAUCGUCUAGGUUUCCUGCUGCAGAAGUCUGAUUCCUGUGAACAUAAUUCUUCCCACAGCAAGAAGGACAAAGUGGUGAUUUGUCAGAGGGUGAGCCAAGAGGAAGUCAAAAAAUGGGCUGAAUCACUGGAAAACCUGAUUAGCCAUGAAUGUGGGCUGGCAGCUUUCAAAGCUUUCUUGAAGUCUGAAUACAGUGAGGAGAACAUUGACUUCUGGAUCAGCUGUGAAGAGUACAAGAAAAUCAAAUCCCCUUCAAAACUAAGUCCCAAGGCCAAAAAGAUCUAUAAUGAAUUCAUCUCAGUCCAGGCAACCAAAGAGGUAAACCUGGAUUCUUGCACCAGGGAGGAGACAAGCCGGAACAUGCUGGAGCCUACGAUAACCUGCUUUGAUGAGGCCCAGAAGAAGAUUUUCAACCUGAUGGAGAAGGAUUCAUACCGCCGCUUCCUCAAGUCCCGAUUCUAUCUCGAUUUGGCCAACCCUUCCAGCUGCGCGUCAGAGAAGCAGAAAGGAGCCAAGAGUUCUGCAGACUGUCCUUCCCUGGUCCCCCAGUGUGCCUAAUUCUCACUCGGCGGUGCAGGGCUGAAAUGCCAAGACUCUAUGCCUGGAAAACCUGAGGCCAAAUAUUGAUCUGUAUUAAGCACCAGUGCUUUCUCCACAUUAUAGCCUAAUAUUCAUGCUGCCUGCCACGUGUGAGUCACUCCCAUGUAAAAACUAGAUUUAGUUUUAGUGUUUUGGUGUUCAUCAAGGUGGGACCUCAUUCUAGCCAAUUUCCCCAAAUUUCUUUUAAGGUGCCAUGUGAGCAAGUAUCCAAAUAAUGGCCUUGUAGGUCUGGAUUUUCAAAGAUCGUUGGCAGUUCUCUCCUCCCAACAGUCUGACCUCAGGUUGGUUGGUUGGUACACUUCAUGUGCCAUCCACAGGCACAUGUAUUCCGUUAAGCAGCACUUUCUCCAAACUCUAGAUGUUUAGAUGAGUUUGCUGUAUUAUGUGUACACAUGUGUACACAUACACACAUUCUCUCUAUAUGUGUAUAUUUCUGCAAGAAUAGAUAGGAAAGACUCUAGGUGCUCACAACUAGAGUGUGUGUACAUACUUAACGUGCAUGUUCUGAUCCCUGGUCUUUCAUCAUACAAUUAAGCAGGGCAAACUGAACCAGCUGCCAUGCAGACUAAGAAAGGCAUGCUAACCUGUGGAAAGUAGAUUCUGUAAAUCUCCUUGGGUCUUGCUGGAGAAGCAUCCAAGGGAAUUCAUGCUUAAUUUAACCACUGGCAGCCUCCGAGUUGAACAGUAUUCUAGGGAGCAAAUAUCAUACAGAAUCUUGUACUUGACUGAUACAGUGCUGUCUUGGGCUGGUUAUCACUAAGGGCACUUUUGUGUCCCUCAGCUGCUGGCCUCCCCUUCUUUGCCUGGGUGCUUGGUGCACGAGUAUCAGCAGCUGGGGUGGUAUGGAGUUGGGAGAUGGGAUGCUUGAACUGGAUGAAGAAAUGCAGGUAGGGCCUCGCCAGCUCCACCUACUAUAAGAUACUGGCUGAGUAAGGGCACGGAAUUUAAAGGUUAAUAUUCUUAUCCUCUACUCUUUUUGCCUCUCCUGAUCAAGGUGCUCUUCUCAUUUUGCUUUUUCCAGAGAACUUUAGCCAUCAGAUGAGGUUCCUUUGUCCACUGUGGUUGUUUGCUUCCCCAUAAUGGCUCUAGGUUAUAUGGCUACACUGAUAAACCAGCAGCAGGGGAAAGAUUAUAUUUUAUAAGGGGAAACAUGUUUUCACAAACUGAAAAGCCCUCCUAAGUUUCUCUUUUGAAGGUAGAAUCUUGUCCAUUCCAUCCCAAACAUCAGGGCUAACAGAGACUGAAGGCAUUUCUUUCCAGGCUCUGAGACCAAAUGAGAAGGAAAAGAAAAAAAGAGAAAAAGGAUAUCAAUUGUUAGAACUACUGUUUGGAACUUUUCAAGGCACAUGAAAUACUUGAAAAUUUCUCAUUUAUGUUAUUUAUGGUGUUGUUUUGUACAAUGUUUUUAUUACUGUAUUGUUUUUUAAGUGGAGGUGCAUGAUAUCACCUGAAUUAUUAAUGAAUGGCCAGGAAGUAAUUUUCUUCUCAUUCUUUUAAAACUACUGCCUCUGAAGUGCACCCACAUUCAGUAUAAAUUACAUGCGUGAACACCUUGUGGCUUUUAAGCCAAUAGACUGGGUUGCAAAAUGAAGAUGCUGGAGCGUGUGUAUACAAAUCUCAUUGCAUUAAAGAUGUAGGUUUUCUCAAUUGUACCCUUCUUGUCUCUCUGGCAGUCUUGGUUUCAAUAUCCCUGGAGUUUCUCAUCAGCAUCCCUUUGCAUUAUACACAAUUCCACUCACUGAUUUUGUCCCUCAUUGAUUCCAGGAUCCAAACCUAUAACUCUCUUGGUCUUGCCCUAUUAUAACUGUCAUGACUUUCAGAUUGUACCUGUACUCCUGGACUGCUGUCUCACCAAUAGGUCUGGAAGGUCAUUCUGAAUGAGAAGUAAAUUAUUUUAUGUAAUA